GCGACCUUAAUGUGGAAGAGCGUAGCGCAAGAAGAAGUUGGAAUUUGUUGUUGAUUCAGAGGUUUUAACCGAAUGUUUUUGGGAUAAAUAUCUGAAGACAUGCAGCGUACUCCAACUUGCAGAAACUGUUGCAGGAAUUACAGUUUUCAGGUGCUGUCCAAGCAGAAGGAUCGAGGCAAUAUCCCAUUGCUACUGGAUUGCGCACAUACGUUCUGCGAAGGAUGUUUGACAAAGUUUGCUAGAACUCACAAAACUCAUAUCCCCUGUCCUGAAUGCACAAUUCCUACUUCUCUCAGCAAAGAAGGCAUAUUAGGUGUUAAAGACCUGAACGUAAAUGUCUAUAUAAUGGGUAUCUUAGCUGCUAGUACCUACAAAAAGUCUUUGAUGGAAAGCGGUAGUCCAAGGAAGGGUUCAAAUACUGCAAAGAUGUCAUCCAACAAAGGAAUCCCACAGGGUUUCAUGAAGAAAGACACAUCAAACAAGACACCAGAUCUCAAGUGUGAGGAAUGCUUUAGUGCCUCAGCUACAAGCCGAUGUUUGAAGUGUGAAUGUGUUUUCUGUGUCAAAUGCUUUGAAAAGGUCCAUUCAAUGUCUCACACGCUGAGGAAACACAAGCAGUAUCCUCUGCUGUCAUCAAGUUCUGACAAGUCAUCAAGUGGCUGUUCAAUACACAAAAAUCGUCCAUUAGAGUUCUUUGACAAGGAUGAGAAUAAACCAGUUUGUGCUCACUGUAUUGUCACUGGUGAACGAGAAAUUAAUAGUAUUGUACCUAUCGCUGAAGUGGCUGAUGAUAUUAAAGAACAACUUCAAGAGAAACUGAAUACAGGAAAGACUAUCCUAAAACACUUGGAGAAAUCACAACAGAAAAUAAGAGAGGUUUUAACUCAAAACCAGUCAGAGAAAACAGUUUUAGCUAAUGAAAUAAGAGAGCAUUUCCAACUGCUGUCAUCUGCUCUUCAAGUCAGAGAGAAUAUGCUUGUAAGAGAUGUUGAGGCAGGUCAAUGUCCAGAGGAAUCCCUGGAAAUGAGUCUUGCAGAGAGUGUGAGGAAAACAAGACUGUUGUUGUUAGAACUGGAAGAUGCCUUACUUGAGCCUACUACACUUAUCAGUAGAUCUAAAGAGUUUUUUAAUGAGAUUCAAGAAUUGCAGGACAUGGCAUGUUUUGCAAUCAAAACAUCACAAAAAAGUGAAGAUUUUUCCAGGUUUUCUUAUGACAAGGACUAUUUGGAUUCCUUGAAAGACUAUGGUAAUGUACAAGAUGUGGUGAUAAGUAGACUGGAGAUGAAGAAACUGUGUGAUGUCACUGAGGAAGAUAUGAACAACGAAAAAAAUGAUGAAAACCUUGUUGAACAAGAUGACCACUCAUCUCAAGAAGAAGAAAAAGAAGAGAUAAUUAGCAAUGGUAGACGGACACGUGCAGCUCGAAAACUUCUCAGUAUUCCAUAUCGUCAUGAACUGGUUAAAGUGACUCACAUAAAGGACCCAUCAUGCUUUGUGGUACAGCGUCUUGCCGAUAUGGACCAACUUAAUGUCAUGAUGAAUGCAAUCAACAAGCACUGUGAGUCAUCUGAUGCUGCUGACAUGGUGUUUGAGGUCAACGUGGGUGAUGUAGUUUGCGCACAGUUCUCAGUCGAUAAUCAUUGGUACAGGGCAAGAAUAAUGUCUGUGUAUUCACCAUCUCAUCCUAAUACGUUACCAACCAUUGACAACAAAUUAUCCGUACAAGUGUUAUACAUGGAUUAUGGCAACUCUGAAUGGGUGCCUUUGAUAAGGCUGCGCAAUGUGCCUACCAAGUUCUUACACAUCCCUGAUAUGGCAGUGUGUUGUUGCUUAGAGGACAUUGUACCUCCAUUUCAGCAAACUGUGUGGCCCUCCAAGACCAUCAAAGCCUUUGGUAGUUUGACAGGCAACAAAGCACUCUUGAUGACAGCUUACCGUCGUGGUGGCAGUGGUAUUCUACAUGUUGAUCUUAAAUGUCCUGAUGAUGAAGAACCAACUCAUGAUGAUGAUCGACCUGCAUCAGUUCGUGAUGCAUUAGUGUUCCUAGAAGUAGCCAGGUUUAAGACUUCUGCUUCACAAAUCAAUGUCCAAGGUCAGCAGACGUUCCCAAUGCGGGUGUUUAAGAACCCAACACCUGUUGAAGAGGGUCAGUGUGUACCAGUCCUUGUAACGCAUGCCACUGGUCCAGAUGAGGUUUACUUCCAACUGAUUGAAGACAACAGUAUUCAGAAACUACUGCAAGUCAUGGAUGAGAUGGCCAAGCUUUACAAUGGAAAACACAAACGAAAAGAUCUUCAAGUACUCUGGCCUUAUAGAGGUCUUGUGUGUGGUGCCAAGUUCACAGAGGACAAGGCGUGGUACAGGGCUUUGGUUAUUGGUGUAAACAGUGAUGAGACGCUUGAUGUCAAUUAUGUUGACUAUGGAAAUUCUGAGAGACUUCCUUUUUCUGCUCUCAGAAAACUUCCUGACUCACUACUAGCUCUACCUAGACAGGCCAGGAGGGCUUCAAUGGCUGACAUCAAAGAUCCCAAUGGUGAUUGGAGUGACAAGGUUCGACAAUUUGUCUGUGAGCUGUUAAUUGGGAGAUCAUUCACCGCUACAGUUACAAGUGUCAAUGAUGGUGACAUGUCCAUGGUUCUUUAUGAUGAUACUACUAUCAAAGAUGUAUCAGUUAAUGAUUUGCUGGUCCAAUCACAUCUUGCUGUACCGACUGGACUAGGAAUCGUUAAAGAGUGUACAGAUGAGGAAGAAAGAUCAGAUGUUGUCUCCAAAGACUCUGCAUUGGAAGAGAACCAGGCUCUAGAUGAAGAUACAGUCGGUGAUAAUAGUGAACAGCUGCAAGAUGCUGAAAAAGAGGCAGUAAUCCAGCCAAAGUCAACUCCUUUAGAUAAAUUGUUAGGACUCACUCCUUUAGAUCAGAAACAAGAAAUUAUUCCUCAAGAGAAGACAGCAGAACUUACUCCCCCUGAAGAUGCAUUCCAGCCCAUUCUCUUAGAGCAAGGUUUAGAAUCCAGUCCCUUAGUGCCCAGUCUUCUAGAUGAAAAGGAAGAACCCAGUCCUCCUCAAGCCCAAGCAUCGUACAAACCAGCUAUGGUACCAGGCAAUAAACAAUUCCAGGCAGGAGUGACGUAUGUUGGCAUGGAUGGAUAUAUUUAUGUCCAGGAAAUAAAACCAGAUGACAACACAUUAGUAGAAAUAAUGACAAGACUAAACAAGCGUCAAGAUACCAACAAGAUUGCUUCUAGUACGGAUGACAUAACUGUAGGCCAGCCAUGCUGUGCGUACUUUUCCGGUGAUGGACUAUUAUACAGGGCUUUGGUAACCAAGGUGAUGUCAAUCAAUAAAGUAGAGGUUAAUUAUGUGGAUUUUGGCAAUUCUGAAGUUGUCUCUCUAUCAGCAUUGAGGCUGGAACCACGUGACAUGGAAAUUCCAAAACAAUGUCUUCAACUUCUCUUGUACGGAGUUGUACCAAGUUCGUCUGAUUGUCGUUGGUCAGUCAAGGCAGUGUCUGCAUUGUCUAAUCUUGUUGUGGGGAAAAACUGCUCAGUGAUGAUAGAGGGCGAGGCGAAAGAUGGCCAGCCCAUUGCAGUAAGGCUUUGUACGCCAGAGGGAAGAAAUGUUUCAGAUGAGCUAUUGUCAAAAGGUCUCGCUUGGCUAUCGGAUGGCAUACAUGGACUGGAUCCUAGUACAAAUGUUCUACCUGCAGGGGUGAGGAGAGGAUAUGUUGGUAAUGUAAAGAAUCGAAGAAGUAAACAUCCAUCGAGAGCAGAAACCAAACUGCAAGCAAUGUUGAUAGGAGCAAGAGAAGCCGACCAGCUAUUACCAAGUACACAGCUACCGGAAGUAGACAUGCCAUUUGACGUGAUUGUCACUCAUGUGCAGCAGCCUGACUGUUUAUUUAUACAAAGAUCACCAAACUGUGAGGAUGACGACGUCUACGAUAUCGACCCCACCCUACUGGAUGUGGAGGACGAGCUGGAGAGACUGGAAGAAAUGCAAAUGAAUAUUAAUAAACCUGACUACUUUAAGAAAUAUGAACCUUUAUCACACGCUAGUAAAGGUAUGCUGUGCUGUGGUAGGUAUACCGAGGAUGAUACAUGGUACAGGGCACAAGUACUUGAAAUUACAUCAGAAAAACCUCUCAAGGCUUUGGUUCGUUAUAUCGACUAUGGUAACUCGGAAGAAUUGUCGGGAGAAAGAAUGCGUGGUUUUCCGUCAGAGCUGCUCGAUCUUCCAAUACAAGCUACACAAUGUAGUCUCGCGCAUGUUAAACCUCCCAUGUCUGCUGAUUCACCUUCAGAAGGCUCUUCAUGGCCAGAUAGCAGUAGAGACCAGUUAAUUGAACUCGUUGUUGGGAGGAGACUGGAAGCUAGGAUAGUGGCCUAUGGUUCGCCUAUGUCUGUCAAACUUCAUUAUAUUUCUGGAGAUGAAAGCAGUAACAUUGCAAAGGAACUCGCUCAGCAAGGACAUGUCACUUACAAACAUUACAACGAUGGGAAUGAAUCGCUAGACACAAUGUCUGAAGGCGCUCCAAGUCACAGUUCAUAUGACGUAGAGAUUGAAGACGAAGAGAUCUUAGAAGACGAGUGUUCAUUGAACUCAGAAGAACGCGAUUUGCAAUUCAGAGAAUCAGAGAUUAAAGUGUCUAACAGUAAACCUGUAAACACCGACGACAAGUUAGAGAAAGUGUCAUCUGGAGGAUUUGCACCUGCUGCUAUCCCACUUAUAACUCCACAUGAGUUUGCUGUGGCAAAGUCCGCUGACCAAAGUGAUUCCGAUAACGCUGUACCAAGUGAAGCUACUGGUAGUCAUGACAGCAAAGAUACGGAAACAAAUGUCAAAGUGAAUGCUGAUGCUAAUGAGUCUGAAGUAUAGAGUUAUGACCUCCGUGUUUGUGGACACGUGAUCGCGCCACGUUGGCCAAGAGUUGGGCUUCCUGUGUCUGGUGUUAUCAUUCCAGAGCCUUCAAGUUGACUUAUUCCAUCGUUACAUGUUUGUUGGGAAGCCUGUGUUUCAAUUGCUUUAUUUGUUAUCCAAGCCCUUGGAACUUACUAGAAAUGAGACUUUCUUAUGUUAUUUGAGGUGGUUUCCCUGUGGCUCGACCCCAUUCUCUCUCUAUUAACAAACCAUAUGCCGCCAAGGCUGGUUCGGUUCAAGUUGUUGGUGUAAGACUUUGUUACUUUCAAAUGAAAUAUCGAUGAUCAAACUAUAUUAUCAGAUUAAAUAACAUUGAUUUAUUAUC